AUGAUUGACCUAUGUAAGGUCGUGAGUGGCCUUGAGCUAAGUCCAGAAGCCGAAGAUGCAAUGACAGCGUAUUCGGAUGAUCUCCUGGAUGCGUUGAUUGAUGCGAUUUGUCUGGAAACUAAGGAGCGAGGCGCUUACCGUAUAAACGAGAGCGAUGCGUUGAAUUCUGUGAAAGCUGUGUCAUUGUUUCCCGCUAGAGUGGUCCCUCGAACAACACUGAAGAUUUUCGCGUCUAAAUCAAGACCAGAUGAUGAAGCACCUCCAUGUACUCGGCCAGCAGUU